GAAAAGAUAUUUAUUCGUAUCUGCCCCUUUCUUCUGCAAUAUCGAACUACCUUAUCUCUCUUUAUCCCUCACUGUGUCUCUUUUUGUGUUCUCCUCCUGUUGAAGUCUCAAAGGGACCAAAGAGAGACAUGGAGGCUGUUCUUCAGACCAGAGGGCUUCUCUCUCUCCCUACAAACCCCAGGAACAGGGUUUUACAUCCAUCUCAGGGCUUAAAGUACAGAUUUUUCUCUCCAAAGCCCAAAAUCCUUGGUGGGUCUUCUCUGACUACAAAUGGAUUCCAAAAAUUCAAUGGCUUUGCCUCAAAAACCAACGUCUUUGGUCAAAAGGAUCGAAAUUUGUUCAUCUGCAAGGCUGAAGCUGCUGCUGCUGCUGAUGGGCAACCAGUAUUUGGGGAACCAGAAAUCGAAGAACCAAAGUUUUUGGGUAUUGGGGUUACUACCUUGAAAAAGAUUGUACCAUUGGGGAUGAUGUUCUUUUGUAUCCUCUUCAACUACACGAUUCUAAGAGACACAAAGGAUGUGCUGGUUGUGACGGCCAGAGGAAGCAGUGCUGAGAUUAUACCUUUUUUGAAAACUUGGGUGAACCUUCCUAUGGCUGUUGGGUUCAUGUUGUUGUACACCAAGUUGGCCAAUGUAUUGUCCAAGCAAGCUCUCUUUUACUCUAUUAUCCUUCCCUUCAUUGCCUUCUUUGGGGCGUUCGGGUUUGUUUUGUACCCUCUCAGCAACUAUAUCCACCCUCAGGCAUUUGCGGAUAACCUUCUUAACACCCUUGGCCCUCGGUUCCUUGGUCCACUUGCUAUUAUGAGAAUCUGGAGUUUCUGUUUGUUCUAUGUCAUGGCUGAAUUGUGGGGGAGUGUCGUGAUUUCCGUGCUCUUUUGGGGUUUUGCCAAUCAGAUAACUACCAUCGAUGAAGCUAAACGUUUCUAUCCACUGUUUGGACUUGGGGCCAAUGUAGCCCUUGUGUUCUCUGGUCGGACAGUGAAAUACUUUUCUAAUAUGAGGAAAAGUUUAGGUCCCGGAGUUGAUGGUUGGGCUAUCUCUCUAAAAGCAAUGAUGAGCAUAGUUGUGGUUAUGGGAUUUGCAAUCUGUUUCCUGUAUUGGUGGGUGAAUAAUUAUGUUCCUCUUCCUACACGUAGCAAGAAGAAGAAGGAGAAGCCCAAAAUGGGAACAAUGGAGAGCUUGAAAUUCUUGGUGUCUUCAAAAUAUAUAAGAGAUCUUGCCACUUUAGUGGUUGCAUAUGGAAUUAGCAUUAAUCUUGUUGAGGUUACAUGGAAGUCAAAGCUCAAAGCUCAGUUUCCUAGCCCAAAUGAGUACUCAUCUUUCAUGGGCGACUUCUCAACUGCGACUGGAAUCGCUACAUUCACGAUGAUGCUUCUAAGCCAAUAUAUAUUUGACAAAUAUGGAUGGGGAGUUGCUGCCAAGAUCACCCCCACCGUCCUGCUUUUGACAGGAGUUGGUUUCUUUUCUCUCAUAUUAUUCGGAGGCCCAGUUGCACCUGUUAUUGCGAAGCUUGGAAUGACUCCACUGCUAGCUGCUGUAUAUGUUGGUGCCAUGCAGAACAUAUUCAGCAAGAGUGCCAAGUACAGUUUAUUUGAUCCCUGCAAAGAAAUGGCCUACAUACCCUUGGACGAGGAUACCAAGGUCAAGGGGAAGGCAGCUAUUGAUGUUGUAUGCAACCCAUUGGGGAAGUCUGGAGGUGCUCUAAUUCAGCAGUUUAUGAUCUUAACUUUUGGUUCACUAGCUAAUUCAACUCCAUACCUGGGAGGGGUGCUUCUGGUGAUUGUUCUUGCCUGGUUAGCAGCAGCCAAAUCCCUUGAUACCCAGUUCACUGCAUUACGUAAAGAAGAAGAACUUGAGAAAGAGAUGGAAAGAGCAGCUGCUGUUAAGAUACCAGUGGUGUCUGGGAAUGAAGAAGAUGGCAAUGGUUCUCUAGCAAGUGUUUCACCAUUAAAUCCAGCAGCAGGUGACUCCUCAAGCAGUUCAUCUGAAGCCCCCACUUCUCGUAAUGUUUGAUCAUGCUUCUUUCUGUAGAAUUUGCCAGCCAGAAAGAUUAAGUACAACUCAUGAGAGAAGUGCUAGGUGAAACUAUUUGCUGUAGGUUAUUAUCUGCCCUAUAGAAUAAGUUUGCUUCUCACUUUAUUCUAGUCCCAUUAUUAUGAUUAUCAUUAUUUUUUGUCCCUAUAGAUAGAAUGAGCUUAUUCUCUGUUAUGAAGGUUUCCUACUUUGUAGAAGCACAUUUUAAAAGGAAGAAUUGUAGUUCUUGUUUCUUGUUCAUCUUGUAUGGUUACAGGGAGUUAUGCUACCCACUGACUGAAAUCAUUAUUUGAAUUGAUCGU